AUGGCGGAUCGGUCCACGCCCCAGUUAGAGACCAGCGCCGACGCCGACACGACGAGGGUCCGCGCGCUGGUUUCGAUGGUGCGUUUUGGGCGGUUUUUGGACGCCAGCGGCUCAGUGUCUUACGGCAUUCAGCAGCCUGACGGUUCCUUCAACUACGCAGAGGGCUGUCCGUUUGCUUCAACAUUAAAGGACACAGGCAAGAAGGCAGUGUUAACGCGUUGUCUGCCGCCGGUUCAGCCCGUAGAAGUCAUAUGCAUCGGCCUCAACUACCGCAAGCACGCCGACGAGCUGAAGCUGCCGUACCCAAAGAACCCGGUUGUGUUCCUGAAGCCAGUGACCACCGUGACGGGCCAUGGCGCCGAGGUGGUGAAACCGCGCGUGACGCAGAAGAUGGAUUACGAGGUGGAGCUGGCAGUCGUCAUCGGCCGCGCCUGCAAGGACGUGACCCCCGAGGGGGCGCUGGACUACGUCCUCGGCUACACCUGCGCGAACGACAUCUCCACGAGGGACUGGCAGAAGGUCCCCGAGCUGGCCGGCAGCCAGUGGUGCCGCUCGAAGAUGUUCGACGGGUUCGCCCCGCUCGGGCCAGUGGUGACCACGAGGGACGAGCUGCCCGACCCAGGCAAGCUCCGCGUACGGACGUGGCUCAACGGGGAGCAGGGGCGGCCUGUCGAGGGGGCGCGGGCGAGCGACCUGAUCUUCAGCGUGCAGCAGUGCAUCAGCUUCCUGUCGAUCGGCACCACGCUGCAGCCGGGCACCGUGAUCCUAACUGGCACGCCCGCUGGCGUCGGGGCCAGGGACGCAGCCCGCAGCCCUGGCUGCAGCCUGGCGACCGUGUGGCCGUGGAGGUGGAGGGCGUCGGCAGGCUGGAGAACACCGUCGUGGCGGACCCUUCGCCAGCGGCCUGCUUCUACGUCCCGUCCAAGCUGUGACCCCCCGCGCGCGCCGGGGGCCCCCUCGGCGCACCGCGGCGCACCACCGCGGGUGCGCGCGGCGUUCCCACGGGGGGGGGGGGGG